GCUGCAGAAGUUAUCAUAUGAGCCUACUUAUGCGCUAUCAGUCUCUGAAUUCACCGACCUCCCUAGUGUCCAAGCACAACUCUCCUCUGUCAUGAGCACAGCACUGGCAAGGGUUACACCUUUGCCACCUACAGUGACGGUGGUGAGACAGCAGCCAGCAGGAAGGGAUGUGGUGUUCUUGCUGGAUGGAUCUGACGGCACCAGAACUGGCUUCCCAGCAAUGCGAGACUUUGUCCAAAGGGUAGUAGAGACACUCAGUGUAGAUGACAACAAAGACCGUGUCUCAGUGGUUCAGUACAGCAGGGAUCCAGCUGUCCAGUUCUAUUUGAACACGUACACGACAAAAGGCCAGAUCCUUGAUGCCGUCAGGGGUUUGAGGCACAAAGGCGGAAGACCCCUCAAUACGGGAGCAGCGCUCCAGUACUUGAGGAUAACGUUUUCACUUCCUCUGCCGGAAGCAGGCGGCGGAAGGAGUUCCACAAGUCCUAGUGUUGCUAAGCGGCGGAAAAUCAUUCGGCGUUGUUGA